AUGACUCCUCAGGCCAAGUUAGCGCGAUUGUAUCAAAAUUUGAGACCCGAAUACCGUCGAUAUAUUAAGCGAACCGAGUUUACGAACGUUCCAGAGCUAUUGCGACUGGCAGGCAAGUUUGAGCAACUCGUGGCUCAGGAAAACGGGCAACCGCAGACUACAGUAAGAGUAGGAGAUAAACGUCCUUUCGCCAAAAUCGAGCUUGGCGGGAGAGACAUCCACGCGUUAAUGGAUACUGGCGCGACAGCGUCCAUAAUUUCUCCAGCUACAUGGACUUUCGUACAGAAUAACGGGCUAUUGACAAAGUAUGAUCCAACGCCGAAACAAGGAUUAACCUUAGGAAGCCACGUGGUGCAAACUACCGGUACCGCGUGGAUCGUGAUAUCAGAGUCAGGUCGAAUUUACACGUUACCGUUUCAUAUUAUUCCGUCAUAUAGAAAUGAUAUGCUCUUAGGGGUCGAUAACCUGAGCGAAAUGGGUUAUCACUUACUACGUAAGCAGGAUACGUUCGAGUGUCAUACUCUCGACGUAAAAUGCGAUCUUGAGACUGCCCGCCGAGAAAUUAAAGCCUUACUCAAGCUCGAUGAAGGAACGAUGGAGCCGUUGAAGAUCAGCGAAUUUCAAGAAGAAGUUCGACGUCUCGAGGAAGUUCUGAAGAACGACCCCCACGUCCCUACCGCUACCAUAAUCGCAAGUCACGACGUUCGACGAGUUCGCCUCGCUCGACAACGCUGUGAGAAAAUGUUAGAGCUAUCCGGCUCAGCUAGUCCAGAUCCACGCCAGUGGAAGGGCCUCGACAAACCAAGUGAAAAGUCCACUCGAGAACCCAAGACGAAGAGACUUCAACGACCGAAGAUCUCGAUCGUGGAGAACCGAAUACUGCCCGGAAUGAUCCAGAUAGUACCAGCCCCCAAGCCGUACGAUCCAACUAAUCCUGGCUUCGUAUGGACUCGGCCGAGAAAGCAACAGCCACCGACGGAAACGGUGGAAGAAGAAGCACGCCUGUUAGAAGAGAUCCAGAUCACCACGAAACCGGAGACCAUUCACAGCGCCGUCCACUCGGACCUCCGAGACAAACAAAGUCCAUGCCAAGGCAAGCCCUUGACAAUUACGACAGCGGUCACCUCGACGGUGGCCAGUUUACCCAGUUGGGCUUGA